UCAACUAGGCGGCUUCAAAGCGUCCGACCGCCGCCACUGAUAUUCAAAUGUCUGAGUUUAGGGACACAGACACGCUAAACGCGGGCACGCACACCCAAGCGUCGUCACUCCUAUAGUAGGUGUGAAGUGCGUGAGCGGGUAUAUAAGCCCUGGCGACGGUGGCGUGCCCUCAGUUGUUCAGAACAUCACCACUCGACCACGAUGGAAGUCUCCGCUCUCGCUUACUGCCCGCCGUUCUCGACCAUGUCUGCCCAUCCCGGCUUCGCUUUCCACGGCCCGUCCGUCCUCAGCUGCCCGCCGGCGGCCUACGGUCUCCCCUGGCCCUGCCCGCCGACCUGCGUCUACCCCCUGGUCAAACCCAGCGAGCUUCCCGUCUUCUACCCCAGGAUUAACUUCGGGCUCCCCGCCUCCAGUGGGAAGCAUUCCCCGCCGACAGCGGACAGCCAUCCUGUCCAGCCUAGAGUCGAGUCCUUCGGGCCCAUCCCUGGUCUCCUCCCGACGGCCGGGGACCGACGCCUCCAGAGCAGUCCCUCGGGCUCCGACAGGACGUCCCCCCGGGUACCUUCCACCUCCCCAUCGCUGGAGAAGUCCGCGAGCGACCGAGCCGAGUUCCGGCUGACCAAAGAGAAGUCUAGAGAAGUGGACAUCAGCGGCGGCAAGAGGAAGAGACCAGAGAAGAAGUUCCCCUGUCCCUACUGCACCGUGUCCUGCGCCAACAACGGACAGCUGAAGGGACAUCUACGGGUCCAUACCGGUGAGCGGCCGUACCCUUGUGACCACCCCGGCUGCGGACGCGCCUUCGCCCGGAACGAGGAGCUGACCAGACACCGCCGGAUCCACACCGGGGUCCGCCCCUACCCCUGCACGGAGUGCGGCAAGGCCUUCAGCCGGAAGGACCACCUGACCAAGCACGCCAAGACGCACCUGAAGGGCGCCGAGAGGAGGGCGCUGCUCCGGCGGGACCCGGUCUGCAAGUCCGAGAGGAGGUUCAGUCCGUACGACACCCUGGUCCUCACACCACCACAGGUGUACUCAUCCAAGUGACGCUUGUAGGACAAUACUGCUACAAUAGAAGAGAGCAAAAACUGUUUUCUCUGACUGUAAUUGCUUAAAACGAUUACAUUAUGUGACGAGGAGCCGACUCAGCUCCCAUGCUACAGAGCCAAGACGAGGUCUCACGGUUCCUGGUAAAAACCAGGCUGCGACCGGCUGACGAGCCACGAGCAAAACUGCCAAUGCAGUACCGCUUCGGGCAGCAAGGAGACGUUUCUGACAAGCUAGCUUGACAACUUCUAGUUCGUAAGAUUGAAGUUUGCGCUAGGGCGUCCUCAAAGUUAUUUUUCGCAGAACUGAUUGUCGUUCAAAGAAAAGUAAUGAAAAACGAAAUAAAUAAGACUAUGGUCUAGAGAAAGCACCAAAUCUCUAACAACCAACAUGUCUGAAAAAAAAACUGCUAAGUUAGAUCGAAACUUGUCCCCAUAUCUGUUUUGGCACUUUCUUUAUACGGUUUUGACGAAUGAAUAUCAAAGUUGAAGAAAACCGUUUGAUAGAUUGUGUCUGCUUUUAUCAAAAGGGUUGACACUUCUUUUUCCGUUUCGGUCCCCUUAAAUAAACAAGGUUUUUGACGGUAAAUUCUCAAAGCUUUGGAUUCAAAACAAACAAAAAGCUAAUGAAAAACAUUGCCCAUAUUUAGUCUAUCAAAAAUAUAUUGAGGCAUAUUAAAGGCAAAUAUGUUUCUAUUUAUUCAAGUAACAAAGAAUUGUUUAUUAUAAAAGAAAUCUCCCUAAGGAUAUAAGACAAAUUGCCCCCCCCCUUCUUGACCACUCCAAAUUUAUCCAAUGUAGCACAUUGAGCUACCUGCAAAGUUGUGCACUCAUUGAAAGAACAAUGAGAAAUGCUAUAGUCAAUACCAACAUGACUGUUUAUAUUGAAUUGCAAAAUUCUGUGAUAUAAGAUCUAUUCACAAUGUUGUUGCUAGAGAUAUGAGAUCUCAUGUACCGUAUGUUUGGAAAUUGUUACACAUAUGUUCCUCUCAGCAUUGUUAGACUGUAAGAACUGUUCACAAUGUUACUAGAGAUCUCAUACAUGUAUUGUACAUGUAAGUUCGGAAAUUUUGCGCAAAUGUUCCUCUCAACAUUGUAAGAAUGUAAGAGCUGUUCACAAUGUUGGCAUGUAAGCGUAUGUUUGUAAAAUGUUACGCAUAUGUUCCUCUCAAAACAUUGUAAGAAUAUCAAGAGCUGUUCACAAUGUUGCUCAUGUACUGUAUGUUUGGAAAAUGGUGGGCCCGUGUUCUUCUGAAAUUUGUAAUCAAACAUCAUGAUAGGAGAAACUUGAAGGGACACCUAUGGCGUUAAUUGUUACAGAUUGUUCUAUGUGACUGGCCGCAGUAUGUGCCAUCUUAUGUGGAAAUGAUCAAACUGAAUUUGUACAAUAAAACGU